UGCAGGACGGAAACAAUGCUGUGGACCCACCCACCUCCCCGGGACUUCAAUUUCUCUCCACUGCUCUGCUGCGUGUCUCUUCCUCAAUCUGAAGUCCGUGGCCGAUAAGAUCGGAAGAUGAGCUACCCAGGAUACCCUCAGUCCGGUGGAUACCCACCCCAAGCAGGGGGCUACCCACCACAAGCAGGGGGCUACCCGCCUCAACCAGGAGCAUAUCCACCCCAAGCAGGCGGUUACCCUCCAGCGGCAGGAGGCUACCCCCCAGCAGCGGGCGGCUACCCCCCACAGGCAGGAGGAUACCCACCCCAAGCAGGCGGUUACCCUCCCGCAGCAGGUGGCUACCCCCCACAGGCAGGAGGAUACCCACCUCAGGCUGGUGGUUACCCCCAAGCAGCAGGUGGAUACCCUCCAGCAGCAGGGGGCUACCCUCCCCAGGCCGGGGGUUACCCUGCCCAGGCCGGGGGCUACCCUGCCCAGGCUGGAGGAUACCAACCACCACCCCAAGCAGGAGGCUAUCCUUCCAUGCCUCCAUCAGGUGGAGGCUGGGGUGCAGCACCAGGCGGCCAUGGAGCGCCGGGAGGGGCUCAGCAGGGAUAUCCAGGGGGCCCGGCUCCGGGCCAGCCCAUGCCAAAUUACCCAGGAGCCCCUGCGACUAACCCCUCAAUGCCUGGAUAUGGAAGUGGAGCUCCGUCCCAACCUCAUGCACCUGCCAUUUCUAAAGGAUACAGGGGUUCUUUAAAAGACUUUAAAGGGGCUGAUCCACUGAGGGAUGUUGAGGUUCUCCGGAAAGCUAUGAAGGGCUUUGGCACUGAUGAAAGCGCCAUCCUUGAACUUCUGGGAAGUCGUACCAGCAAGCAGAGGGUUCCAAUGGUAGCAGCCUAUAAAACAACUUAUGGGAAGGAUCUUCUCCACGAUCUGAAGUCUGAGCUCACUGGAAACUUUGAGAAGCUGGUUCUCGCUAUGGUGAAGAGUCCGAACCGCUUUGAUGCAACUGAACUCAGGGAGGCAAUACAGGGCGCAGGAACUGAUGAGUCUUGUCUGAUUGAGAUCCUUUCUUCACGCUCCAAUUCAGAUAUUCUUGAAAUCAACCAAAUUUACAAAGCUGAGUACGGGAAGAAACUGGAGGACGCCAUCAUCAGCGACACCUCCGGUCAUUUCCGCAGACUCCUGGUUUCUCUCUGUCAGGGCAAUCGUGACGAGAGGGAGACUGUUGAUGUCAACUUGGCCAAACAGGAUGCUCAGAAACUGUAUGCUGCAGGGGAAAAUAAAGUUGGAACUGAUGAGUCUCAGUUUAAUGCCAUCCUGUGCGCUCGCAGUAAGAGUCACCUUAGAGCAGUCUUCCACGAGUACCAGCAGAUGUCUGGGAGAGACAUCGAGAAAAGCGUCUGCAGAGAAAUGUCUGGCAAUGUGGAGUCUGGCAUGGUGGCUGUGGUGAAAUGCAUCAGGAACACCCCUGCCUACUUUGCAGAAAGGCUUCACAAGGCCAUGCAGGGAGCAGGGACCAAGGACACAACCCUGAUCCGUAUCAUGGUGUCUCGCUCUGAGAUUGACAUGUUGGACAUCAGACAGGAGUAUGUGAGGACUUAUGGAAAAUCCCUGUACACCCACAUCUCAGGUGAUACCUCCGGCGAUUACCAGAAGCUGCUGCUGAAGCUGUGUGGAGGCACGGACUAAAGGAAAUGAAGAUAAGCCUUCAUAGGGACAAAAUAAAUGUCCCCAGUGAAACAAUGUUAUAGGAGCUUAUAUCACCUCUGAUGCAUGCAGUCAAUCAAUAUUAGUUUUGUAUUCUCUUCAGUGGCAUGAUUUUCUUUUUUCUACAGUAUUGUAGUAUAAGAUUGCCAAAUAGUCUUUUUUUUUUUUAUAAAGACACCGUAGAUAGCUUUGACAUUUUUGGGUUGAAGCCCUAAAUAAAAAGUGGGUGCCGGAAAAUCACACAGUAGAAAUGAAAUAUAUCAUAGUUUUUCAAUUGUCCAUUAAACAGCUUGACUGGUUUUAUUAGAGAAAGGAAAAAUAUAUUUUCAGAAAAUCUAAAGAUACAGAAUGAGGCAAAUGUCUGGUUUAUUUAACAAAGUACAUAUACAAGAAUUAUCAAAGCCAUUCAUUUAUACAUGCAUUGAUUCUUUGUAACUAUGGUAAAAAUUACCUCACGCCAAUCAUUUCAACUGUGUACAAGUUUAUAUAUACCAGGUUGUCGGAGACUAUUAUACAAGAUUGAUCAAAUAAUGUAUGACUGAAUCUCACACGAAGUAGAUAUAAUCAUUUAAUGCUUAUUCGACAAGCCAAAAUUAAAUUCUGGCUUAUUUUAUGUAAUGUAAGAAAUAACAAUCUGCAUUCUUAUUUGUUCUCUAUACUGCUGCUUGCAAGUCUAUGCAAUUCAGCUUUUGAAUUUAUAUCUUCUAUAUCGGCUUUACAAAACUCUUCUGUAAACGUAAACCUUUCCAAACAUUAUUAAACAUUUAAAGACAAGGUUUCCUUUUUCCUGAAUGCUGAAAAGCCAAAGCCUAAAGACAGAUCCUGUUGUGCCUUUUGUCAGGGCUGCCGUAUAAACUUCAGUUUGUCGAUGUUUAACUGUGGUUAAUCUUAAUUAAAAAAAAUCUAUAAUCAUCCUUGCACGACUGCAGAAAUGCCAUACUUACAUUACUCAAUGGUCAAUGUUUUGUAUACUUUUUUCAGUGUCCUUUACAGGUUUGUAUGUUUUACUACCAGUAGAGGGCUCUUGAUUCACAUGAAAUGUCAUUUUUGUUUGUUUGGCUUGAACUGAAUAUCUGUUGCACUAACGAUACUCUGCAAUGAUCGCUGUUACAUGUUAAUGGUAUAAAUUGAAUGGAUGCUAUGUACGUUUUCCAACAUUUUAGUCCCAGACUAUUGAGACUUUAAACGCUUUUCAUUUAAUUAAAAAAAGCAUAAUAACA